CAUCCAACCUUUCCCAUUUUGCCUUCAUUGUGAAUAUGCAUCAUAACCACGAGGUGUCUUCCUUAUGCUCCUCCCAGCCACUUCGCGAUGCUAUCACUCUUGGUUGCUAUAGCUACUGCUCCGAUUGCAGAUUUUUGUGCGACAACAACAACCACUCAUUCAUGGGUUCCAUGCAUGCGACGAGAACAUCACGCCUUGCUCGCAUGCGGCGCAGGCGGAGGGAACGAGAAUGGCUGGGAAGAGAUGGUCGAGAUGCCGACCCCCUGCUUUGUUUUUGCAGGAGACCGCUUGGAUGUGGAAGCACGUGCAGUCGCUGUUCGGCGUCCCCUUUCGCAUCCCAGUCCUUUUGGGCUCCCACGGGAUGAGUUCCAAAAAAUCACCAUUUCCAGCCUGCAACUCGAAGCACGCCAUUGUCCUAUCCCAUACAGUAGUCUCCUCGCCCAAUAACACCCUGAUGUCAUGGCCGUUCUUUCCGCUUGCCUUGUCGACAGCUAGUCACCGCACCAAUGAGCCAUAUUUCGCCAAAGCCAGGAAGAACAACAUUGUAAAGUAUAGCUGUUACUACUGCAUUGUUCCUCAACCGCCAUGGCCCGUUGGGUUCCGUCGCAUAAGCAUGCGCCUUGCCGACUUGGCGAUACGCUGAGACCAAUCCAAAUUGAACGCUUCGGGAAAGUGCUACGAUAUCAAUCCAUCAACCGCGUUUCCGCAUCGCACGCAUGGACGAAUGAUACAACUUCACCAGAGAUUGAGUUUUGACUGUUUAAAAGACGGAAAAUGGUUUCACCG